GAGAGAGAGAGAGAGAGAGAGAGAGAGAGAGAGAUUCAGAGAGACAAAGUGAGAGGACCAUUACAGUCGGGAGAAAUACGACCUAAACAAGACAGAGAGAAAGAGCAAAAUUCAAAACUACACCUCCCAAUCUCUCUGGAUGAUGGGUCGUCUACCAAUCGCAAUGCUUCUCUGUGGACUCCAAGUUUUUAUACUAGGAGCUGUCAACGGUCAACAGAUUGAUAUAGAUCUAAACGAAGGACCAUAUCCAACAGACACCACUGAUGAAUCACUGACCCCAGAUUGUCGAGAGGAACAGUACCCCUGCACCAGGAUGUACUCCAUCCAUCACCCCAUGAAACAGUGCCUCCAUUCACUCUGCUUCUACAGCCUGCGGCGUGUGUACGUGGUGAACAAGGAAAUCUGCGUUCGGAUUGUCUGUCUGCAGGAGGAGAUCAUGAAAGCUGAAUUGUGUCGUGAGAAGUCUGGCUGGCCACGCAGAAUUCAAAGGUCAACCAAGACCUGUCGCCAUCGUGAGCUGUUGAAUUGGAAACGCUCAUGAAGACCAGCAGCUUGAAAGACAGAUAAAGUGGACGAGACCAAGCAAACGUUUUCCUGAAGCUCUCCAGUAUUAAAAACUCUCAGCACCUCAAUGAACACCGAAACAUUAUUCUGGUCUUCAGAACACACCAUUAAUUUAGUAUCUAUCUUUAGCACUUUUGGACACAAGUCUGUACACAGCUUAACUAGCUCUUACUUUAAAUAUUACUUUAUGUCUAUAAUAUCUAUUUUACCAGAUAUAUAUAAUGUGAUGAUCUUGCUUUGUUUAGUUAGUGGGGAUUGGUUAAAAUACACAUCAAUGUGUGAGCAGCCACUUGGACAUUUUAAAACAAUACACAUGUUUGUGUAUCUGGUCGACAUCCUGGUCUCAUAUUGCCAGAAUCCAGUGACUACAACAUUUUCUGAACACCACCACUAUACGCUCCAUUUAGAGCACUUUCACCACUAAUAACAUGUGAAUACAUAAAAUCACAUUUUACUCAAUUUUUCAUUUGUGCUUCUAUAGCUAUAGCCAAAAGUUUUGCAGCACCUAUAUAUCUUGAAAUACUAAAAGAAACUUAAUUUCAAAGACAAACUUUUCAACUACACGUCUUUUUCAAUAUCUUUAAAAUAAGGCAUCCAGUCUAAACAUUUGUCAUUGAAUUUUAGUUUCUUUUAGUACUUCUAUAUUCAGCACUAUUGAAUGUUUAAUAGUUAUAGAUUAUACUUCUACAUAUCUUAAGACUGAGUGCUAUAGUUGUGGAAGAUCAGCACUUAAAGAUACCAUUCUCAGCUGUUUGUAGUGCUGAAGUAGAAUUAUCUUUAAGAAGGAAAGUGCUUUGCGGUAUGUAUUCUUUUGUAUAAAUAUUAAAAUGCCUUCUGAUUAAACAUG